AUGCCAGCAAAGACUGCGGCGACCGACGAAGUGGAGAGAGGGCCGACGGUAGGGGGUUUGAAUUUCAGAUCGAUUGUGGCCGAACAGAAGGUGGGAGAUGAGGAGAGCUUCGUUGAGCAGAGAGUUCGCCGGGUGGGAAUUCGUGGGUCGGAUUUGAGAGUGGCAAAAAGGAGGGACGGUGAUUCCGAUUUCAAAUUGCGGUUGGGAAGCAUCGCCGAUUUAGAUUUCCGAUUGAGGUUUGGGCGAUACCAUCGACGGAACUGA